UGCGAGUGUGAGUGCGGGAGGGAGCUGAGGGAGCCCCACUGCGCAGCUUGUUCUGCGCACGAGCACCACCACCACCACAAGGAGCAGCAGCCGAGGCAGCACCAGAGGGAGAAGGACGGCGGCGAGGAAGAGGAGGAGAGCGGCACCUCGGGCUGAAGAGGAGGAGGAGGAGGAGCGCCGUGGCGAGCGAGGAGUGGGAGCCGAGGCCCCACCUCCCUCCCUCCCUCUUCCCCUCAAGUGAGACAAAAGUCUCUCCAAACCCGCGCCCAACUCCUCCACCUUGGGAGGCAUGGCUUCCGAGGAACUCUAUGAGGUAGAGAGGAUUGUUGAUAAAAGGAAAAACAAGAAAGGGAAAACGGAAUAUUUAGUGCGAUGGAAAGGCUACGAGAGUGAAGAUGACACAUGGGAGCCAGAACAACACCUUGUGAAUUGUGUGGAAUAUAUACAUGAAUUUAAUAGGCAUCACAACGAAAAGCAAAAAGAAAGUACGUUGACAAGGACAAAUAGGACAUCUCCAAAUAAUGCAAGAAAACAAAUUUCUAGAUCGACUAAUAGUUCUUUUUCAAAGACCUCCAAGACCUUAGUUAUUGGAAAGGACCAUGAAGCAAAAAACCAGUUGUUUACUCCCCAGAAGUUUAGGAAAAACAACACUCCUCUUUCUGGUAGAAAAAAUAUGGACCUUUCAAAGUCAGGUAUUAAAAUUCUUGUGCCCAAAAGUCCUAUUAAGAGUCGGACAGCAGUGGAUGGCUUUCAGAACGAAAGUUCUGAUAAAUUGGACCGCAUUGAGCAGGAUCAGGAAGAUUCUGUGGCGCCUGAAGUGGCAGCAGAGAAACCUGUUGGAGCUUUAUUAGGACCUGGGGAAGAGCGUGCUCGGAUGGGGAGCAGGCCAAGAAUGCACUCAUUAGUGCCACAGUUGCCUGUGCCAGUAACAGCUACCAUUGCAUCUGCACUAACCUUAAAUGGGAAAGGUACAUCAACCCUUAUAGAAGCUUUGGCAACGAAUGGUACCAACAUACAGGCAUCUGUAACGGGAGUAACAGCCAACAAACGAAAAUUUAUUGAUGAACGGAGGGACCAGCCUUUUGACAAAAGGCUACGAUUCAGUGUGAGGCAAACAGAAAGUGCUUAUCGAUACAGAGACAUUGUUGUAAGGAAACAAGAUGGCUUCACACAUAUUUUAUUGUCAACGAAAUCAUCGGAGAACAAUUCAUUAAAUCCUGAGGUAAUGAAAGAAGUCCAAAGUGCACUGAGCACAGCAGCAGCUGAUGACAGUAAAGUUGUACUGCUCAGUGCAGUUGGCAGUGUUUUUUGCUGUGGCCUUGACUUCAUUUAUUUUAUUCGACGCUUGACAGAUGACAGAAAAAGGGAAAGCACAAAGAUGGCAGAUGCUAUUAGGAACUUUGUUAAUACUUUCAUUCAGUUUAAGAAGCCCAUCAUUGUAGCAGUAAAUGGUCCAGCCAUUGGUCUCGGAGCAUCAAUAUUACCUCUCUGCGAUGUGAUUUGGGCUAAUGAGAAGGCUUGGUUUCAGACGCCAUAUACAACAUUUGGGCAAAGUCCUGAUGGAUGUUCAUCCCUCACAUUCCCAAGAAUAAUGGGCCUGGCAUCUGCAAAUGAAAUGUUGUUCAGUGGAAGGAAGCUUACUGCCCAAGAAGCCUGUGCAAAAGGCCUGGUAUCUCAAGUGUUCUGGCCGGGUACAUUCACACAAGAAGUUAUGGUUCGAAUUAAGGAACUUGUCGCAUGUAAUUCAGUUGUACUUGAAGAAUCCAAAGGUUUAGUUCGUGGUAUUAUGAAGGUGGACUUGGAACAAGCAAAUGAUAGGGAGUGUGAAGUUUUAAAGAAAAUUUGGGGAUCUGCCCAAGGAAUGGACUCCAUGUUAAAAUACUUGCAGAGGAAGAUUGAUGAAUUUUGAAGCAAUGCGCAUUGACACUGGAAUUGUAUCUACUUGGACGUCUGGGUUUUGUUGAUGCCCUAAACGAAUUUAAAUAUCAAAAAUGAAAUCUGCCCAACGCUCAUGAAGCGUGGGACUAAAAGUUGGAAAAACAUGGUUUUAUUGUCAAGGGUUUUUUAAAAGAAGUACUGUAUGUUACGCAUUGAACAAAUUUCCUUUCUCCAUAUAUAGAUAUAAAUAUAUAUAUUUCUUUAUAUACACAAACUAAAAUAUAUAUAUAAUGGAGUGCACUACCAAACUUUUUGUCUUCUACUUUGUUAUCAUUGGCUAGUACUGUAUCUGAAGAAAAUGAUGAAUAAAAUGAGGCAUUGCAUUAUUUUGUAUGUGGCAGGAAGGUCCUGAAGCAAUGAGAUAUUUUUUCACUAGAGUACAGAAUUAAAACGGGUAUUGGCCAGCCCUUGCUUUCACUGCCCAAAAGAAGUCAGUUAAGAAGAGGCAUUGCCUUGUUUUCCGAAGAAGGUUAGAAAUACCUCAAGGACAGAUGCAUUCUAAAAAAUCAAUUAUUUUUUAAAUAUGAAACCCUGCAAAAAUGGUGUGUAUAUUCUCUCCCCCUCCCAUCCCCAACCCCAAAAAUGAGUGUGCUCAGGAUUUAUGCUAUUAAAAAAAACACUCAGUCCUUCUUGUUUUGGGGAGCAUGCCCAUUUCUUACCCAGAAAGCAUGAAGUUGAGAAGAAGAAGAAGAAAAGCUUCAUUUUGCAGUAUUAGUGAAUCACUGAAAUACCAUAUAUUCUAUGGGUAUCUUAAAUUAUAGCUUAGUCUUAGUAGGUUUUAUACAAAAAUUAGUUUUUUCGGAUUAUUUUAACGAAAUAAUUGCUUCUGUUGCUGGGUGAGAAAACUAUACUAUAUAAGGUUGUUUUUUUCUGUUUUUUCGUUCUUUUGUUUGCUGGUUUAAUUAAUGGAUUACACCAAAAAUGUGUAUUAUGUUCAAUUUUUUUUAGCUUCACUUAGAAUAUAUUUUAUUUAAUAAGUUAAAAUUCUUUUGGCACACUAUUAAAUAUUCUUUUUUUAAAAAAAAAAACUACCUUAUAGUAGAUGUUUAAUAUCUUUUUUUUUUUGUCAGUGCUUUUUAAUGUUAAUUAUAUGGCCCUGGUCCAGAGAUCUUUCCAUGCAGCAGCAGGCAAAAUUGCAUUCUGCAGUGGAUGGAGGUCUCAAGCGUAAAAUACACAAUUAGUGCCGUUUUCCUGGUUGCCAGUUGGAGAAUGGGUGCGUGAAAGUAGAAAUACCACCCCAAACGCUUGACCAGUCGUGCUUGAUGCAGGAGUACUUACCACACACGCAAACACCAAGUGCCAGAAGCAUUUUUUCCUCCCCCCCCCACAUCCCCACAUCCUUCCCAAACAGACACACAAACACAGUGCCCUUUUGUGUGCAUGAAACUGUAUCCAGAGGAGCAAUUUGCCCAUGAGAGCCAGUCCUCCCAUGUGCGGGUAGCCAUUUCUGGAUCAGGGAGUGUCACAUCCAGUAUGGUGUACAAGGGUGCCCUGUGAAAACAGACUUACUUUGCAUUCCUUUUGGGAGUGUUAUGAAGAUUCCUGACUCCAGAUAUCUUUCAGUAACUUGGGUAUCUGCGCUUGCAAUCUUACUGAAUGUAUGAAGAAUUGUUGGGGAGGGGGAAAUCAGACCUUAUUUUUGUACAGUUUGGAACUUUAUACUUCGAGCUUGACCACCUCAUCCUAAACGGAGGGAUGUACAGUGUGUAAAUCUGCUUUUACCUUGGAUUGGUACAGUAUUUUUGCAUCUGUGGGACCUACUUUUUGUUGUUCUUAGUAGUUUGAACUAUAUAUAAACUGUACAAUCUGUAAAGUUUUUAUAGAAUAAAUAUUCAGUUGUGAACUGGUUAAAAUAAAACUAAUAUUUCUUAACACCUCUUAAAA